AUAGUUAGCUACUGCUCAAAUGUAAACAAUUAUAUUUGUAAACAACGUUUUUGCCUACACUAUUAAUAUUAAAAAAUGAGUUGCAAUUAUGCAGAAGGCCUGUCUGAAUAUGAGAAUAAAGGAAUACUUGGCAUUGCAGAAAAUUUUGACACCGAAGAAGUUGUUCACCAAAAGUGUAAGGAGUUGGCCAAUUUAAUUAAAGAGUCGAAGCAUGUUGUAAUACACACAGGCGCAGGUUUAAGCACAUCCGCCGGUAUUCCUGAUUUUCGAGGACCAAAUGGCGUCUGGACACUCGAGAAAAAAGGUGAAAAACCGACAUUUAACACAUCAUUUGACGAUGCGAAGCCCACCAAGUCUCACAUGGCUCUGCGGUCGUUAGUUGAGCAUGGUUAUAUUCAAUAUAUAAUUUCACAAAACAUUGAUGGUCUGCAUCUAAAAUCUGGACUAGAUAGAAAACACUUGGCUGAGUUGCAUGGCAAUAUGUUCAUCGACCAGUGUCAAAAGUGUCGUCGACAGUUCGUUCGAUCGACGGCUGUGGAGACGGUAGGUCAAAAGCCAUCGGGAAUUCCCUGCAAAUCGAAUAGUUUUGGUAAUAGCCGCAGUUGUCGCGGAGGCGUUUUGCACGAUACUGUUUUAGAUUGGGAAGACGACCUGCCCGAGCGUGAUUUAGAUAUGGCCUUCAUGCAUUCCACUUUGUCGGACUUAAACAUUACCCUGGGAACUACUCUUCAAAUUGUGCCAAGUGGUAAUUUACCUCUUAAAAAUCUCAAGCAAGGCGGAAAGCUGGUUAUUUGCAACCUUCAACCAACGAAACAUGACAAGAAAGCAACUCUUGUUAUUUCGAGUUACAUUGACGAGAUAUUGACUAAAGUUUGCAAACGUCUAGGUAUUGAAAUUCCAGAAUACUCCGUAGAAGUAGAUCCCACGAAAAAAUCAAAUAUUUCGGAAUGGACUCUUCCCCAAAAAAAUGUUAAAGAAUUGGAUAAGCAAUUCAAGCAGUAUCAAAAAAUGACAGCAAAAAAACAAAAAGGUUUCACGAAGUUUUUAACAGAUGAUAAAAAUAUAAAAAAACCAAAAAGAAGCGAAUAA